CUGGCAGAGCGGAGGCCACGCAGCCCAAGGCUUCCCAGCUGCACUCUCUGACCAAUCGGACCACUUUCCCUUCCUUACAAGCGCAGCGAGACAGACCCUGCUGAGUGACGUCCACAUCCUCCUCCAAUCAGAGGCUGCGGGGCGCAGUUCAAACCUUCAGACGGCCGUUGGUGGAGGUGUGUGCAGCUGGCUGCGGGUAGGGGAGAUUGCCUCGGUUCAGCCUCUCUUCUCCCACCCCGAGUCGUACUAUGGUAUGGAGAGGCGGCUGCUGACCCCAGGCCCCUUUCGUGCCACGAAGCUGUGGAAUGAAGUUACUAAAUAUUUUCGGGCAGGAAUGCCACGAAGAAAACAUAGGCAACACUUUAAAAAAUAUGGCAACUGUUUUACUGCAGCUGAAGCAACUGACUGGCUUCAUGAAUUACUUAAAAAUAAUAACAAUUUUGGUCUAGAAGUUACUAGGGAGCAAACUGUCCAGCUUUUAAGGAAGUUUCUGAAAAAUCAUGUGAUUGAGGAUAUAAAAGGAAGAUGGGGCUCAGAAAACUUAGAAGACAACAAUAAUUUGUACAGAUUUCCUUCAACUUCUCCAGUUAGAAGUCCACCAAGUCGGUGUCCAUUGCGUGAGAAAAAAAAUAUUCCUAAAGAAUCAGACAGUGCACUUAAGGUGCCACAUUUCUUCAGGAUCACUCCUAAAAAAAAUGAACAACUAGUAAAUCAGGAAAUUGUAGAGAAUUUAAAUAGUGAUGCAGUGCAAGAACAUACCGACAAAAUGGCACACAGCAAGAGAAUAAGCCAAGCAGACAUUGAAGAAAUUUGGAGAAGCACCAUUUUGAUACACUUGCAAACUAUUUUAGGUGUACCAUCCUUAGAAGAAGUCUUGGACCCAGCACAAAUAUUUCCUAAGCAUAUCAUAUAUAAUAUGACAAAUACAAGUAAACGUGGUGUUGUUGUUCUGCAAGACAAAUCAGAAGACCUUCCACAUUGGGUACUGUCUGCCAUGAAAUGUUUAGCAAACUGGCCUAGAAGUAAUGACAUGAGCCAGCCAAUUUAUGUGGGCUUUGAACAAGAUGUAUUUAAAACAGUUGCUGACUAUUUCCUUAGCCUCCCUGAACCUUUGCUUACUUUUGAAUACUAUGAACUGUUUGUGAACAUCUUAGUCUUAUGUGGCUACAUCACAAUUCCAAAUAGAUCCUGUGGAAACCCUAGUUCCUGGAAUGGCUUGCAGCUUCCAAAAACUCCACAUUUAAACUCUUUCAGAUCAACUGAAUGUCUCCUGCUAAGUUUGCUCCAUCGUGUUACUGACAAAAAGGAUGAGACUUCUGGAACUGUUUCUAAAAAGAUGGAUAGAGUUGAAAGAAGUUGUGGUGCAAAGUUCCAGCAAUAUAAUACAGCUCGUAAACGUGGCAGUCUUCAUGAACUAAUGGAUGACAGUUACCAGAAUCUUUCAAGACUCAAAAAUGAAGAAGCCCUGCCUCUCAAAUCUAAAGCAAAAUAUUGCUCUUUGGAGGGAAUUACAGAUACCACAGCAACCAUGCUUAGCAAAGAUGGAUUAAAAAUGCUUUCUCAACCUGAAGUUCACAUCACGCCAGUCACAAAAAAUGAAAAUCAGCUGCUUCAUUCACAGUAUAAACCAGACUCUUUGAUGAAUCUGUGUUCUAGUAACACUAAUCAAAAACAGUCAGGUGGUGUCAAAAGAGUUUUUGCAUCUGGAGUUACUGAGCAAAAACUACAUAGUGGUAACUGUAAGUCAAAGCAACUUGGCAGGUCUCAGAGUUUACGUGAAAAUAAAUCCAAUCGGUGUAGCAUCAGUGAUCCAGUUGCAAAGAUCACAUCUAGUAAACCACAUCCAGUAAACCACAAAAACCAAAGUACUGCUAAAUUGCUUGCUAAAACAGGAAGUGAGCCUGAAUGUUCUGAUGUUGUCAUCAGUAAGAGACUCUGCAAAAGUUCCACAGAACUUUCAGAAAACUUAUUUUCUCCUGACACUUUUAUGUUGACUGGCACAUCAAGUCUGUUGCAACCUCAUUUAGAAAGAGUGGCCAUUGAAGCUCUGCAAGUGUGCUGUUUGCUCCUUUCACCACCCAAUCGCAGAAAACUUCAACUCUUAAUGCGCAUGAUCUCCCGAAUGAGUGAAAAUGUUGACAUGCCACGCCUUCAUGAUGCAGUGGGCACAAGAUCUUUGAUGAUACAGACAUUUUCUCGAUGUGUAUUGUGUUGUGCAGAAGAAGUAGACCUUGAUGAGCUGCUUGCCACUAGAUUAGUUUCCUUUCUAAUGGAUCAUCAUCAAGAUAUUUUUCAAGUUCCAACUUAUUUACAAGUUGCAGUGCAAGACCACAUAGAGACUUUAAAAACUACUCAGAAGAAAUGUUUUGGGGAAGAUCUGAGUGCCAUAUUUCCUACUUACUCCUACUGCAAGAGGAUAACUACUCAGGAAUUUGAUGAACAAAAAGUUUAUACUUCUCAGGCUGCAGUUGCAGAGCUCUUGGAAAGCAUUAUUAAGGAUCGAACAUUAUCUAUUAAAGAUAAGAAGAAAAAGCUUAAACAGUUUCAGAAAGCAUACCCACAGAUCUAUCAGAAGAGAUUUCCAUUGACAGAAAGUGAAGCCAUAUUGUUUGAAGACAAGCCCACAAUUAAGCAGCCAAUGCUCAUUCUGCAAAAGCCAAAGUUUUGUAAUCUAAGACAUUGAUUUUCAUUUUUUUAAAUUUCACUUGCCUGAUGCUUGUAAAUAGCAUUUGUGGACAAGUAUGCUAAAAUGUGCUAAAGUUGCCUAAAGUGAAAAUGAUUACAUCAGUGUUUACAAAUGAACCCAGUAGCUGUAAAUACAAAAAGAAUAAGUGUAAGUGAAAUGGAGGUGACAUUAUAUAUAGUCACACUAGUUGCCAACAAGAAAAAUGUGGUGAUAUUGAGAAAAUGAAACAAACGUAAUAACUCUUUCUGUUCUGGAAAGGGUGGGAGGGUUUUUCAAAACACCAUAAAUUGUCCUUUGUCUUCAGUUUUGAUAUAUAUUAUAUGGUUGGAUCUUAAGUAAAGAUCUUGAGCUUGAACCUUUGGUUCGAGUAACAUAACUGUACAUUUCUCCUAUAAUUUGCACUUAUUGUAAAUAAAAUUAUAUUCUCAGUGAUAAGUAUCCUGUUCUGAUGGAAUGCAGUGUAACAUGCUUUUGACAAAAAACAGUGAAGACUAGGAAGCAUAGAGCAUGGUCACAGAGAUACAAAAAAUGAUCAAGAUUCUGUUUGCAGUCGUGGCCCCUUUAUGUACAAGUCUAGCUUUUGAAAGAGAUGGCUACCUUGCUUCAACAGCCAUAAGGGGACAGUUCAUAUCUUCCUGACACCAGCACCACUGUGGGGAAAAAUUGAAUUGCAUAGUUUAUGAGCCCUUAUUUCACUAUUUGUACUGUGCCAAGUCCUUACAAUAUGUUUUAUUUUUGUUAUUGUUCAAUUAAUAUCUAUAUGUUCUGUUGCAAGAGCAGACUAUCUAGAUGUUUUCCUUUUUAUCUUUAUUCUGUUUACAGCAUUGGAAUGUUAUUUAAGCUCACCUUUUAAAUAUAUCAAAAUAGUUUAAUAAACUCUGAUUUAAUGUGGUUAACUGAAAUUAAUACCUUGCUGUGAAAGUGUGUUCAACUGUGUCAAAGCUGUAGUAAAGGAAUCUAAUUCCUAAACCUAAAA